UGUAGUGUAAUUUUAUCAACAUUAAGCCGGUGCUGAUCUGAAUGGAGGAGUACAUUAAAGAGAAUUACGGGGAGGUCAAGCCCAAUAACUCAUCUGUGGAGGCUCUGGAGAGAUGGAGAAAGCUCUGCUGGCUCGUUAGGAAUCGCAAGCGCAGGUUUCGAUUCACUGCCAAUCUCUCCAAGCGAUUCGAUGCUCGCGCUAUUCGGCGCUCUAAUAAGGAGAAGUUGAGACUUGCCAUCCUGGUUUCGAAGGCUGCACUUACCUUUGCUCAAGGUGCAAGUUACUCUUUACCACAGGACGUCAAAGCUGCAGGUUUUCAGAUUUGCCCUGAUGAACUAGGCUCUAUCCCUAAUGGUCUCGAUUUGAGUAAGCUGAAAUUUCAUGGUGGGGUCAAUGGCAUUGCGGAUAAGCUCUCAACAUCCAUGGAAGAUUGGAUUUGUACUUCUGAUGAGGAUUUUCUUGGCAAAAGAAAAGAAAUAUAUGGAAUUAAUAAGUUUACUGAAAGCCCAGCCAAGGGAUUCUGGAUAUAUGUAUGGGAAGUACUUCAAGAUACAACUCUGAUGAUACUUGGCAUAUGUGCUUUUGUGUCUUUAGUUGUUGGUAUAUUGACAGAAGGAUGGCCAAAGGGUGCGCAUGAUGGACUUGGCAUUGUGGCUAGUAUCCUACUUGUGGUCUUUGUCACUGCCAUUAGUGAUUAUAAACAGUCUACACAGUUUAAGGAUUUAGAUAAAGAAAAGAAGAAGAUCUCAGUUCAGUGAUGUGUGUUUUCUCGCACUUAAAAAUGAUGUAGUAAAGUGGUUGAAAGUACGAGUAUCGUCUCCACAGGGACGGACAAAAGGGAAUUAAAGAUUAACUAAACUUUA